AUGACUAUGCGAUCAUUACCUUUUUCCUCUUCUUCUUAUUCACUCGCUUCCACAAGUUUGAGUAACAGACUUGAGACUAUAUUCAAGAAAGCUUCAGAGCUUUGCACUCUCUGUGAUAUCGAAGCGUGCGUCAUCUAUUACGGACCAGACGGAGAACUUAAGACAUGGCCUAAGGAGAAAGAGAAAGUGAGAGACAUUGCUCUGAGGUAUAGUCAAUUAAACGAAGCCUUGAGAAGCAAGAAAAGCGUUAAUCUUCAUGGGUUCCUGAACAAGAAGAAGAAGAAGAAGAAGAAGGGUUUGAAGAAUCCGAACAAUAAGAGGAAGACUUGUCUUAAGAAGAACGUGAAUGUUUUAAAGUAUCCACUCGCUGAUCAUUACCCUCCCGACCAAGUUUCUCAACUGACUCAGUCCUUAAAACUCCAUGUCUCUAAAUUCCAAGAAAGGCUUCGAUUUCUUGAGUCGCAGAAACAGACAAAACCGGAUCAUCAGAGUUUAACACCAUCCUCUUUGAAUCAUCAGACCCAAUCUUUGAACCCUAGACAGUUUUCGCUGUUUAUGUAUAACCAUGGAGACAAUACUCUGUCUCAGAUCUCAGUCUCUGCAUCAAAUUUCAAUCAGAAUUAUUUCUCAGCGUUACUUGAACAAUCUGAGUUGAAGAAUCAGUUAAUGAAGCAGGAUGGUUAUGAUCAGAAUCAGAACAUGAGGAUGGGUGACAUCACCAACAACAAUUUUCAACUUCCUUACUUCUCAAAGAAAGAAGCGGUACAAGAAUCUGUGAACUACUUUGGGAUGAAUCAGUUGAUGCUGAAGGAGUUAUAUGGUUGUGAUCAAAACAUGUGUAUGGGUAACAUCAAUAGCAACAGCUUUCAACAUCCUUGCGUCUCAAAGGCACAACAUUACUCGGCGGUAGAAGGAUCUGUCAAUAACCAACGACAAUCUGAGUUAAUGCAGCAGGAGCUUUGUGGUUAUGAGCAGAACAUGUGCUUUACCAACAACAAUUUUCAAGUCUCAAACAAAGAAGCGGUUCAAGAAUCUGUGACUAAUUUUGGGUUGAUGCAGCAUGAACUUUAUGGGUGUGAUCAAAACAUGUCUAUGGGCAACAUCAUUAACAACAGCUUUCAACAGCGUCUCAAACACAGAACAAGAAUCUGUGAAUAA